GGGCACGGCGGCGUCCCUGUCAUGGCGGCCUGCACGCUGGUGUCGGCGUGGGGCCCGCUACGGCCCGGCGUCCCCGGCCUAUGCCGCCGCCGGCCGUCCAGGGGCCUGUGGGCGCACGCACGGCGGCUCCCGGAGCCCGCGGGGUCCGGGCGGAGCGUGGCCGCGGUCAGCGGACCUGGCGCCUCGGGCACUGACCGCUACUGCUUGGAGCUGCUGCGGAAACGAGAUUAUGAAGGCUAUUUAUGCUCCCUGCUACUCCCUGCAGAAUCCAGAAGCUCUGCUUUUGCACUGAGAGCUUUCAAUGUGGAACUGGCUCAGGUUAAGGACUCCGUCUCUGAGAAAACAAUUGGACUGAUGAGAAUGCAGUUUUGGAAAAAAACUGUGGAUGAUGUAUACUGUGACAGUCCACCACAUCAGCCUGUGGCCAUUGAACUAUGGAAGGCUGUCAAAAGGCAUAAUCUGACUAAAAGAUGGCUUAUGAAAAUCAUUGAUGAAAGAGAAAAAAAUUUGGAUGACAAAGCAUAUCGUAACAUCCAGGAACUGGAAAAUUAUGCUGAAAACACACAGAGCUCUCUUCUUUAUCUAACACUAGAAAUAUUGGGUAUAAAGGAUCUUCAUGCAGAUCAUGCUGCAAGUCACAUUGGAAAAGCACAAGGCAUUGUAACUUGCUUGAGAGCAACGCCGUAUCAUGGUAGUAGAAGAAGAGUAUUCCUUCCCAUGGAUAUUUGUAUGCUGCAUGGUGUUUCACAAGAGGAUUUUCUACGGAAGAGCCAAGAUAAAAAUGUGAGAGAUGUGGUAUAUGACAUGGCCAGCCAGGCACACUUGCACCUAAAGCAUGUGGAUUCAACCAACCAAGGAUCGUGUAGUGCUGUAGUAUUUGCUGUUGAAAAAAAUCUGCGUGCUAGGUCCUUCCACAAAAGUGUUCCUGUGAAAGCAUUUCCUGCUUUCCUUCAGACACAUGCAGGAUCCUAGUUCCCCAACCAGGGAUCAAAUCCACACCCCAUGCAGUGGAAGUGUGGAGUCCCAACCACUGGACCUCUUGGGAAGUACCCCAUCACCUGCCUUGACUUAAAAGCUCCAAGAAAGUUCAAGACUUUGUUUUGUUCACUUUUGUGAAAUAGGUUGUUCUCAACUCUGCUUGUCCAUUAGAAUCACUUGGGGAACUUUGAAAGCAAAACAAAGCAAUGUUGGGCCCGUCCCCAAACCAAUUAAAUCAUACCUAAGAGGUUGGAUCUAGGCACUGAUACUUCUUAAAAGUUCCCCCAGUAAUCAUGAAGUGCAGCUAGGCCUAAGAACCACUAUCUUAGGCUAGUGGUGUGGUCCCCGGGCCAGCAAUAUAUGCCUCGGAUAUUGUUAGAAAUGUAGAUCUUGGGAUCCACCACAGACCUAAUGGAUCAGAAACUCUAGGGGCUGGAGCCCAGCUCCGUUUCCGUCCUGUGCCAGGAGAAAGUGGAGGGACUACAUGGCAGUUUCCGAGGAGCUGGUUCUGUCCUACACCCUCAGUCCAGCUGGGGCACGUCUCUUCUCAUUUGUUUUAUAUGUGGAGCAUCUGUUAAUUACUUUGUUCAAAGAAAAGGUUUUGCUGUUUAAAAAUGGUUUGAAAAUGACUAGUCUAGGGUAGAGUAUGUUGUGCUCUAUACAUGAGGUUUUAAGAAGCUAUAUUAAGAAAUUGUAACAUCUUUGAGAAUUUCACAAUGAAUUUGUUACUUUGAACAAUUUAUGUACCAUUAACCAUGAACCAAAUCCUAAUUUGUGAAUGCCCAGUUGAGCUCUAAUUUUGAGGUCAUGUUUCAUCUGUAUUUUAAUGGAAUUUUCUCCUAAUUAUAAAAGCUUUACAUUCUCAUAAUAGAGAUUUGGACAAUAUAAAAAGAAUAUUAGAAGAAAAUAACAAUCACCUACAAUUCCCAGACCCAGAGAUAAAUGCUGUUUACACUGUUCUUUCUUUUAAAUGAAUUUCUCUGUAUAUUUAAAGUCACACUUUAUAUGGCAGUGUCCUAUUUAUCAAACAUUUAAUCACAUCAUUAGAAAUAUUUAUUAAUACAAUAUUUGAUGGCUGUAUAAUACUCUCUCAUGUGCUUGUAUCUUAAUUUCAUUAUUCUUUAUAAUUGGAUAUUAUAAAACUAUUAAAAUGAACAUAAUAACGUUCUUAGAGGUGGAAAGUUAAUAACAGUAUAUGAAUUGAUUUUUAAAAAAAGCAAGUUACAGAACAUUAUGAAUAACAUGAGCUCUUUUUUCCAAAAAUAAAAGCGAAUAUGUGAAAGUACACUAAAAUAUCUUCAAAGUGUUUUCUCUUAACGUGUUUUUUAUUUGAUAUCUACAAAUGAAUAUAUAUAUCUGCAUGUAUUAUAAAGCAUAACGUAAUGAAUGCCCAUGAACUCACCACUUAAUCCAGGAAAUAGAAUGUUACCAUUAAAUUGUGCUCAUGUGUUUUCCCAAUCUCAUCCCCUUGCCUCUGUCUUCCUCCUCCAAGUAACUAUCCUGAAUUUUGUAUUUAUUAUUAUCUUGCUUUUAUUCUAGAAAAGCUUUUCCCUAUUUUAUGUAUUCCUAACCAAAAUGUUGCCUUUUUUUUUGGCUGCAUUGGGUCUUCGUUGCUGCGUGUGGGCUUUCCCUAGUUGCGUAGAGCGGGGGCUACUCUUUGUUGUGGUGUGCGGGCUUCUCAUUGCGGUGGCUUCUCUUGUUGUGGAGCACGGGCUCUAGGCAUGCGAGCUUCAGUAGUUGUGGCUUGAGGGUUCUAGAGCACAGGCUCAGUAGUGGUACAUGGGCUUAGUUGCCCUGUGGCACGUGGGAUCUUCCCGGACCAGGGAUCGAACCCAUGUCCCCUGCAUUGGCAGGUGGAUUCUUAACCACUGUGCCACCAGGGAAGUCCCUUAGGUUUUUUUUUUUUUGAACUGUAUAAAAAUGGAUCAUUUUCUGUUUAUGUCUUCUGGGUUACACACAC